AUGGCCGCCGAGCAAGGCCAUGCUGAUCUCCCCUCUGAAGAGGACGUUUCCGGACUCCAAUUCCAGGCCCUUCAUCUGACUCCGCCACCUCCCACCGUCCCUUCAUGUCGCCAUCGCUUCGUUGCAAGGUCCUCUCCCGCACAAUCACUAUCAUCCUGUGAGUUGGGCCACCUAAAAGCUGGUCCCCGACCGCCUCGCCUGGUUUGGUGUACAGUAGGACCUCAAAGCCUCGACAUGGGGGUGUCUCAGUCGUCAGCGAGGCAAGGUUCCCAUCGGCACCUUUCCGUGCCCCCGUGCAAGGAUAAGCUAAAUUCAUCGGGAAGUUGUGGGUCUCCUGCCUCUGUCCCACGGCUAUUUCUACCUUCUCACCCGUAUGGCUCGAAUCGUCCACGGCUGGAAGCUAUUCAUCCGCUCGAGGUCGGGGCCUCAAUGGAGUUCAAGGUCUUUAUCAGUCGUUGGGCUUCCAUUUUCGGUGACCUCUCGGCCAUCACGACCGAUGGCGAUGCCAAUUCGAAUCUCACCUCUUCCAAUUUCUGCAGUCCUUUCGAAGCCGCGCGCUGGUCCGGACGCAGUCCAAAGGCCGACCGCCAACAGAAUGGUAGAGCGAUUUCAUCGCCAGCCGAAGAUCCCUCUAUGCGCUGCAGGAGAUCCGGGGAGCGGAAUGGGCCAUCUUCCUCUGAUCCUGUUGGGCAUCCACUCGGUUCUCCAGUAGGAAUUUGA